AUGCUGAAUGGGGCGCUGAAGUUUUCACCCGAUGAGUGCUUGGACAUUGUGUUCUCGGAAGGUGAUAACGCCGAAACGAAAUUGCAAAUUACAAAUAUUGGCUUAUCACCUUGCAUCUUCAAAGUGAAAACUACCACCCCAGAUCGAUAUCUUGUCAAACCGAACCACGGGCUCAUUCGACAAGCCGCAGUCACUGAAAUAUCGAUUGUUGUUGUCCAGUCGAAAAAAAAAGAUAUAAUGGCUCUAGCCAAAGCCAAGGGUAUGAUGAAAUGCACAGACAAGUUUUUGGUGCAGAGCUCUGUAGUUGAUGCUUCAGUUGUUGGAGAGCUUGAAGGCAAGACCUCGACUGAGCUUGCAGAGGCCAUCACGCGUCUUUUCGGCAAAAGAGAAAAGAGAAUGCUAAACGCCAAAAAGCUACUCGUUGAUUUCAUGGUUCCAGAAUCACGUGCAGGAGACGGAUACCAUCUCGCUACAGAAAGUACACCUGAGGAAAUGUUUGCUGAGAUUGUGACAUUGCGUAAGAAAUAUGAUGAUCUUGUUGCAUUCACCGUCAAGCUUACCGCGGAGCGUGACUCAUUGUCGACAAACUUGGCUGAAGUGCAAAAAGAGUUAAACAAUCUUCACGAUCAUGUUGAAUAUGAUCCUGCCUGCGAUCCAGACAUGCAGCACCAUAGAAACAAACGAACUUUUCAUACCUUACACGUGUUGUUCAUGAUAUUUUUUUCUUUCUUCAUGGGCCAUUAUGGCCUACUACAAAGACUGUUUGCUGGAAGCUGA